GGGUUUCCCCAGCCCGCCGCGGCCGUGCGGGGAGCCGAGCCCAGCCGAGCGGGGCGCGGGGGUGCCGGCAGCCGCCGCCAUCGCAGCCCGCAUGGGGCGGGCGCGGCCGGGCCCCGGCGCGGCCUGAGCGGGGCCGGCGGGCCGCUGGGGCGGGCUCCCUCCCUCCCCGGCAAGGCGGCCCGCCCUGGGCCGGGGGCGCCCCUGAGGGGGCGGGCAGCCGCGGCGCCAUGCAGUGCGCCGACCCCGCGGCGGCCAUGAAGGGGCCGGAGGGCGAGGGCAAGCCGGAGCAGCAGCAGCAGCCGCCGCCGCCGCCGCCGGCGGCGGGACAGAGCGGCGGCAAGAGCGGCGGCGGCCGCGGCGCCAAGGGCUGGCAGUACAGUGAUCACAUGGAAAAUAUUUAUGGCUACUUAAUGAAAUAUACCAAUCUCGUCACUGGCUGGCAAUAUCGGUUUUUUGUUUUAAACAAUGACGCUGGCCUGCUGGAGUACUUUGUGAAUGAGCAGUCUAGACAUCUAAAGCCCAGGGGUACCCUGCAGCUAGCUGGAGCUGUAAUUUCACCCAGUGAUGAAGACUCUCAUACCUUUACAGUCAAUGCUGCCAGCGGGGAGCAGUAUAAACUAAGAGCUACUGAUGCUAAAGAACGGCAACACUGGGUUAGCAGGCUACAGAUAUGUACACAGCAUCACACGGAAGCUAUUGGAAAGAACAACCCUCCUCUGAAAUCUCGCAGCUUCUCUCUUGCAUCCCAAGGAAGUGCCAACUCUCCUGGUGUGCAAAGACGACCCAGUCAAAAUGCAGUUUCCUUUUUCAGUGUUGGACAUCACAGAUUGCCAGCUGGAAAAAGAGUUCCUAUCAUGCAGCCAGACCACCUUGUAGAUGUUAGAGAGAUGAUGUCUCAGGCAGAGGGCCAGCAGAGAGACUUGAUCAGGAGCAUAGAAUGCCUUCCUGUCUCUGGUCACCUUACAUCCUUGGAUCAAGACCUAUUAAUGCUCAAAGCAACUUCCAUGGCAACCAUGAACUGCUUAAAUGACUGUUUCCAUAUUCUCCAGUUACAACAUGCUUCUCAACAAAAGGGAUCCUUACCAGCAGGAACAGCAAUCAGUUGGUUGGACCCGAAGAUAUCUCUGGCAAACCACUUCAAAAAUGGAGCGGCUCAGAAUUUUCCAGCAGAGGUAAACAAGCCAGCAUCUGUCAGAGAAGAGCAGUCCAUUGCAGAGCCCUGCCAGCUAACAAGGGAACCUGAAGAAGUAAAUCCAGAUGAGGAGCUGGAGGAUAUCUGUGAUGAUAAAGAAGAUGAUCUAGGAGCGGUGGAAGAACAGCGCAGUGUUAUCUUGCAUCUCUUGUCUCAGCUGAAACUUGGCAUGGACUUAACAAGAGUGGUUCUUCCCACUUUUAUUUUAGAGAAACGAUCGUUGCUGGAGAUGUAUGCAGACUUUAUGUCCCACCCAGAUCUCUUCAUUGCAAUCACAAAUGGCACUACCCCUGAGGAGAGGAUGAUCCGCUUUGUUGAGUAUUAUCUCACUUCAUUUCACGAAGGUCGCAAAGGAGCUAUUGCAAAGAAACCAUACAAUCCAAUCAUUGGGGAAACGUUUCACUGCUCCUGGAGGAUGCCGAAGAGCGAUGUAGCCACUGAUGCUGGCAGUAACUUCUCUGCUCACUCUUCCUCAGAGCAAGUAACUCUGUCUAAAGAUAGGGAAGGCCAAACAGAGCUGGACUACUAUACAGUAAAAUUUGUAGCCGAGCAAGUGUCCCACCACCCUCCUGUCUCAGGGUUUUAUGCUGAAUGUGUAGAGAGAAAGAUGUGUGUCAAUGCCCACGUCUGGACAAAAAGUAAAUUCUUAGGAAUGUCAAUAGGAGUGACAAUGAUUGGUGAGGGUCUCUUAAGUCUCUUGGAACAUGGGGAAGAAUACACAUUCUCUCUGCCCUGUGCGUACGCUCGGUCAAUUUUAACUGUUCCCUGGGUAGAACUGGGAGGAAAAGUCAACAUUAACUGUGCAAAGACUGGGUAUUCUGCAAGUAUUAACUUUCACACCAAGCCCUUCUACGGUGGCAAAUUGCAUCGAGUCACAGGUGAAGUGAAACAGAACAUGACAAACACAGUGGUCUGCAGAGUGCAAGGAGAGUGGAACAGUGUACUUGAGUUCACCUACAGCAAUGGGGAGACAAAAUACGUGGACUUGACAAAGCUGUCUGUGACAAGAAAACGAGUCCGUCCCCUUGAGAAACAAGGACCAUUUGAAUCUAGGAGGCUGUGGCAGCAUGUAACAGAGUCUCUGCGGGAUGGAGACAUCGAUAAGGCUACGGAGCACAAGCGAGCCCUUGAAGAACAGCAGAGGAAUGAAGAGAGGCUUCGUGCUGAAACAGAAACACCUUGGUGUACUAAAUACUUCCUUAAAGAUGGAGAUGGCUGGGUUUAUCAUAAACCCCUCUGGAAAACAGUCUCCACUGUGCAAACUCAGCAAACAGACACUAACUAGAAAAGCUGCUUUAAGAUGAGUUUUCUGAUUUUCCUCUCCUUUUCCUCUGUCUCUCAAAACACAGUAAUCACACUGAGUGUCCCCUUUUUAUGUAAUUGUGAAAGUUUAAAUGAGCAUAAAGAAAUAAAUAUACUAGGGCACUUUAAAGCUAUUAAAAAAAAAAAAAAAGAUUAAAAAAAAAAAUCCAAGUCAUAGAGACAAACUUGCCAGGUACAUUCAACCAACUUGUUUUUUGUAUGAUCCAAGAGAUUUUAUCUGAAUUGCGUAAGAUUCUUCGAAGUAGAUCUGAUUGCAAAAGCUGCCUAAGAGAAGAAGGAACUGUUGAAUUUUGGAGUGACAUGGGAACUUUUUUCGGAAUUUGCAUCAAGCUCUUUAAUAACUGAAACCUGCUCAGUACCCAUGUAGACAACAGCAACAAAAAAUUGCUGCUUUUAUGCCCAGUGAUUAACCUUUUUGGCGAAAACUGGAGGGGUGUUUGGAAGAUGUGCCUGAAAUCAGUGUUAAGAAACAACUGGAUCGUGACGACUGUUUUCUUCAGAAAGAACACGUGCAUGCAUCGGAGGAAUAUGGGAUAUAUGUAAAGACUACCUUUCUUUUUUAUGGAUUUAUAAAAGCAAUUAGAAUUGUAACCAUGGAGAAAUUUUUCCUCUGAAACGUUUUAAUAUACUUGAAAUAAUUGACUUGAAUUGGAGAAGUAAUUUGAACACUUUUCAACUCCUAAUUUUAUUAAAUCUCUUUGAGUGACUUUGAUUUUUCUCAUGUUAUAAUGUAAUGAGGUUUGGCCUUUUUUUUCCUCCUCCACCUUCCCUUCCUGAGGACUAAGGCUUUCAAAAUGAACAGAAAACGUACAAUUUUGUAUUUAAAUUUCUCUGCCCAUCUAAUCAUCUCAGAGGUGAAGUAUCAGUGUUAUAAACUGUCCUUUGGAUUGUUUUGGUUUUUCUCCUGUGGUGUGACUCAGAACAAAGCAGUGAAAUGUGACCUGUGAAUAUAUGGACCGUAGGUCCUGGUUCUUCAUCUUACCUUAAAAAAACAAAAAGGCUGAUUAUGCUGAGGACUGGGUAUUGAUUUGAAACACAAUCAGAUAUCAGGAAACUGUAUUCAGGUACAAACAUCCUUUGUGGGUUUUUUUUAUAACUAUUUUAUCGAAGUCUAAGAAUUGCUGGCAAUUAAGAAUAGUACUUAUUAUGGCUUUCGUUAUUGUUGUAACUACAAGCUACCUUAAUUUUUCCAACAGUGGUGCCUUAAUCUGUUUUUUCUUCUGAUGUAGUCUUCCAGUCAGUGUAUAUAACAUUAUCUGCCACUUCCCAGCCAUGGCAAUGGCUGCACCUGAUCCAGCACCAUGAGAACUCACAACUGUGUCAUCUGGUAAGAUGUUUUCAAUGGAGAAGAUACAAGUGUAAGAAUGCAUCAGAAGGUUUAAAUAACCAUGUUAACUUUCACACAAACUGUAAAUUGUGCAAAAAAAGAGUUGGGUUUAUGCACAACUAUUUUGAUCCUCUUGUACAUUUUUUUUUUUGCUGUGAAAUGCACUGAGAUCUCAAUGCGAGUCAUAGUCCAUUUGUGAGAAGCGGGGGUGGGGAUAAUAAAACUGCAAAAUGAUUCAUUUGUUCUGUCUGCUUUCCUAGAGAUCAGGUGACCAGGAAGAGUAGGUUGUUGUUAUCUUUUAUGCUGGAGACCUGUCUGUCUGGGCUUUCCUUGGCCCUUAAAGUGGGAUAUUUUGGCACUGUGCACUUGCGUAGUAACUAUAUUCUCCAGCAGAAGAAUGUUUGAGGCCCUGCUGUCUUGUUUGUAAUAUUCUAUACAACCAUCCUGUUGUGUUAGUUUUGGAUAUCCAUUGGGCAUUUUCAUGUUUAACCAGGAAUAAAAAUAAAAAUGAAAACAG